UGUGAUCACGGUUUUCCCUGAACCAGUCCUCCGGCUCAGAGCUCACGCUAAAGACGGGUUUUUUGCAAAAUUUCUGGGCAAUUGAAUCAAUCUUACGAAAUCUCCAAUCGAGUUGGUGCCCCUUGUCGUUUUCGGAUCAAGAGAAUCAAUCAGCAAGGCAAAAGGCCCCGCCGAGUGUUUUCCACUCGAAGAUUUGUUCCCGGUUUUGAAAUCAAAUAGCUUGUCUUAAUCUAGGGGGAAAAGGGUGAAGGGAUUAGGAAUCUGUUCGUCGUCCGGAGAAAGCCAUCCUCAGAUAUCGAUCGGCGACGAGGAGGAGAAUUGGAGGUCUCUCUGUUCAUGGCGUUCACGUGGGGUUCUGCCCUCAGGGUUUUCCUUCUCCUGAUUCUUCUCGCCGCCAUUGUCUUAGCUUGCUACUCUCUCCCCGUCGAAAAGAUUUUGAAGGAUUUUUUGUUAUGGGUUGAAGAAAAUUUAGGACCUUGGGGGCCGUUUGCUCUGGCUGUUGCAUACAUACCUCUCACAGUUCUGGCGGUUCCUGCUUCAAUUCUCACGGUUGGAGGUGGGUACCUGUUCGGUUUGCCAAUUGGUUUCGUUGCGGACUCGGUCGGUGCUACUCUCGGAGCUGGAGCAGCAUUUCUUCUCGGGCGUACUAUUGGAAAACCUUUUGUCGUCUCUAAAUUGAAGGAUUACCCUCAAUUUCAGUCGGUAGCACUUGCGAUUCAGAAUUCGGGUUUCAAGAUCUGCUUGCUGCUUCGGCUUGCUCCUCUUAUCCCCUUCAACAUGUUGAACUACCUCUUAUCCGUGACUCCGAUUCCUCUGGGCAAUUACUUGCUCUCUUCUUGGUUAGGGAUGAUGCCAAUAACACUCGCAUUAGUGUAUGUUGGAACAACUCUGAAAGACCUUUCUGAUGUGACUCAUGGGUGGAGCGAAUUUUCGCUAAGACGUUGGGUGAUCCUGGUUUCAAGCCUCGUAGUAUCCGUGAUAUUGAUGAUAUGUGUUACGAAAGUGGCAAGGGACGCCCUCGAGAAAGCUUUAGCCGAGCACGAGGAAACGAAUGGGGUCACUGCCAUGCCGCCAGAACUGGCCGUUCCGGCUGAUCUGAAUCAGCCUCUGCUAAUCAAGGUAGAUCCUCCUCAGGUCCAAGUGCAAUCGAGAAAAUAGUAAUCAUUGAUAACUGCUGAUUCUUGUUUAAUUGUGUACAUGUAAAUCUAAAAUUUACUCAUCUAUAGAAGAAAUUGGGUGUUUUCAUGGUCUGUAUAUGUAGACAAAAGAUUGAAUCUUUUUUUAUAUAUAUAAAAAAAUCAUAUUCUUGUUCUGGGUCAA